UGCGACACUUUUUAUGUGAGCAGAUCGCAUUCACAUCCAUCUCAGCAAUUCUGGAAAUCAUUUCUUGCCAAUCUGUAAUCCCACUGGAAACGAUGAAAACUCAAAAUCCGGCAUUAUUUCCACUCUUCAUACUUCUCGUCACUCUUCUCGUCUGCUUUACGGAACAAUACACCCCGGUCGAAGAGGAACUAGCAACAUGUCAAAACUCUCUGGAAAUUCAGAACGCGGCCACCUUAUCGCGCCUCGAAACCCUGCGCGCUGAGUGGAGCGCCGUGCAGAAAGAGUUUCAAGAUUUGCAAGCCCUCGGUUUGCAACGGGCGCAGCAAUGGGACCAGACUUUUACUGACUUGCAAGCUGAAAAUAACCAAAUUAAGCGGAACAUGACCCUCGCCGGGGGACAAUUGAAGUCGAAAUUCUCCUGUAAAGAGAAACGGGAGGCGGUCGAGGAGUGUCUGAGUUUCUGCCUUUUUCCGAACGGGUACGACACCUGCGAAGAUUCGCCCAGCCAGGACAACUAUUUCCAGAUGUACGCCCGAAAUUCGGGUCGUUCUCAUUACAACACGGUGACUUACACCAUGACAAAGGACUCUGUGGAGAAGGAGUGCAAAUUGAAAAUUGUCUUUGAAUGAUAAUUUUGAAUGUUUUGUUUUGCUCUGGUUUUUGCAAACUUGAACAUGAUGACACGUGCGAAAUAAGAAAUUAACGUAGG